GGAGCGCCACGUCAGCGAGGCAAUGUGCACGUCAGCACGUCAUUCACCAGGGUGAGAUUUGAAACGGGUGGUUAUUCCUCCUCUUCUCCUGCACCAAAGCCGACGAAGAAACAAACAAACAAACAAAAACAAACAAACAUGGCGACGACGACGACGACGCUGCUGCUGCUCUCGCGGCACCGCGAGGGAUCAUCCUCCCCGAACACGACCACCACCGUUACGACGAACGAAGCAACAAAACCUCUACAACAAAAACAACAACUAGCAGAGGAAGAAGACUAGGAAGAAGAAUAGAUAACGCAGGGCGAGGCGGGAUUGAACCAGGUGAAUUUGUAUGUAGCGAAGGAGCUACUAGAGAGAGAGAGAGAGAAGAAGUGCAAUCCACGUCGAUGGGACCAGAUCUCCGAUGCGCGAAUAAUAAUAGCCAGGGGUAGUGUAGUAGUAGCAGUCGUGCACUCUUCUCACGCCUUGUUGAUUCCGACGCCAUGGUGUGGACUCUUGCUUCAUGGAAGUGAGUGAGUGAGUGAGUGAGUGAGUAGUACAUGUGUGUGUGUGUGUGUGUGUCGUGGCAACGUCGCUGAUGCCAAGCAGUCAGCUAGCCGGCCGACUCGGCAGCCCACCUGCCCGCGUUUCGUUUCUCUACGUUGGGUAGGUUCGAAUUAGGUAGAGAUUUGCGAGUGAACGCAUGAGUUGCGAUUGGGAGAUAGUCGCAUCGUAAGGGCGAACUGAAGCUACUGGAACGCAUAGACAGACAGACAGACAGACAGACAGACGUACAGACACGCAGAGUUGUAGUGAGCAGUGACGCGAUCGAUUCCGGCGAUGUGUGUGUGUUUACCGUGGGAGUGGGGGAUCGGAAGCCAGUAGCAGCCAGCUGCGGGGAGGAUCACAUGCGUCCUGCGUGCGUCGUGGCCACUGAGCGUGGUCCACUCGCGUGGACGAUCCAAUGAGCUCGAGAGGGUUUGUCACCGGGUUUCACAGGUUGUGACACAGUUUAUGGGAGAUCGUACAAGUUCGCGGUGGCCAGCAUCAGCGUGCGGGAUUUUGUGGGUACGAACUUGGGGAAGGGGAGAUAGAGAGAGAGAGAGAGAGAGAGACGUUUGUGAGUUUUUGAGGUUUGCGAAGCUGCGGAGUGUCGCGGCGAGCGGAGGUCAAUUUGAAACUUGGAAGGAAAAAUGUCGCAGCUCCCCACUCCGAGGUCGGCUGGCGUACCAUAGACCGAUCUCAUCAAAAUAUUUUGGCGUUGUAACUCAAAGCACUCAAAACUGUUCUCAUCAUCGACACUCUCCUUUCUCUUUUCUGAGAAGCUCAUUAGUUCACAAGCAUGAAUUACGAACAGAUUGGAGGUGGAUCAAUACUCUCUUGUAGAGAGAAGUAGCUUACUUCUGCGCCUCGCUUGGCAGUGGCAUUUCAGUGCACAGAGAGGUCUGGGGCCGGUGAGUUUCCAUGAAGGGAGAAUGCAAUUUCAUAAAGUAGGAAUGGCUGACAACGUUGUGAAAAGUCCUGAGGUGAUCCAAGCGCAAAGGAACCCGGAUCAAGUAGGGGAUACGCGAUGUACAAGGAAUGACGGCAAAGUUUGGCGAUGUAAAAAGCCUAGAGUGGAAGGUAAUCGGUUUUGUACGAGUCAUUUAAAACUGUUGCCUUCGGGUGGUCCGAAACUUCCGAUGAGGCGGUGUUUAGUAUCUAAUGUCGCACCACCUGAGAAAAAGCCCCGUAGAAUCAGUGGAUUGGGCACCGAUGCUGCGCAGCAUGAUUGUGGUAAUUCUCAAGAACGUACUCAUGAAGGAAAAACUCGGAAGGAGGAUGCGGCACGGAGCGUACGAAAGCGAUCACAAAAUGCUACAAACGCAGAUGAAUUUCUCGCUAAUCGCCGCAGAAGUAUUUCUGGUGAAAUGGCAACCAGGGAUACUAAGGAUAAGAUUAUUAAUGGCAUGGUAGUCAAAGAGGAAGAGACUAAACCAAACACCGAGAGAACCUUCAUUCGAAAAACUGAAAAGAAAGCAGUAGUGGAUAAGAAAGAUGACGAAGGUAGAGAUAAUAAGAUUGUGAAGAUAUACAAGAAGGAAACUAGUACCAACGGACAUUCUUCUCACAAAAUUGUCAAGAAAGAAGAGAAGGUUGUAGAAGCAAGUGACGAAGAUUCCGACGAUAGUUUUGAGAAGAAAGUCGCCAGAGGCCGGCGCCCGAAAGAGUGCAAAUGGAAGAGUGUAGAUAAGGAUGACAAUCGGAAUGGAAAGAGCAGAAUGUGCCAUCAGUGUCAGCGAAAUGAUAAGAAUCGUGUGGUGUAUUGCACCAAAUGCGAUUCGAAGCGGUAUUGCGCUCCCUGUAUCAAGGCCUGGUACCCGCGUUUGACAGAAGCUGACGUUUCUAAUGAAUGUCCUUUCUGCAAAGGAAAUUGCAACUGCAAGGCUUGUCUUCGAACUGAUGGACCAAAACGGAUUGUCAAUGAAAAAACUGAAGCAGAGAAGACUAAGUUCUUCAAGUACAUGCUGGCUGAAGUGCUUCCUGUUCUGAAGCAAAUUGAGCAAGAGCAGAAGGAGGAGUUGGAAAUUGAGCGUAGGAUUCAAGGAGCAGAAGAAGUCAAAGUCGAAAGUGCCAACGUAUUUGUGGAUGAGCGAAUAUAUUGUGAUAACUGCAGCACAUCUAUUGUGGACUAUUUUCGGAGCUGUGAAGGUGGCGCUCCAUGUGAGUGCACUUAUGAUUUGUGCUUAACCUGCUGUCGUGAGCUUCGAGCAGGCUUGCAACCAGGCGGAGAACAAGCAGAGUCUGCUCAACAGCACUCUGAAGCAGUGUUGACGAGAGAUGAGUUCGAGCUUGAGGACGAGGAAGACCCUCAACGGGACUCUUUGCAGCAUAGAACGGAUGUGCGGGACGAAGACGAAGAUAUGCAGGACGAUGAGAAUAAUGAAAAACUAGCUGCAUCAUCAGGAGAUAUGGCAGAGGAUAAGUUCCCUGAUGCUGUGAAAGCCUAUGCGGUAACACAAGUGCCUUCGGGAAGUCUUGCUAGAGAAGGAAGAAAAGUGUCAGCAGUGAGAGCUUCAAAAGAAGAGGGUGAUAGAACCUUCGGAGAUGACGCAGAUGUAAUUGUGGCAAAUGAGUCGUCACAACAGGGUGAAGUUGAUAUUUCAGAACCAAAGCGUAGCCAACUAUCAAAACCAAGGAUAAUACUAGGUGCUGAAGUGAUUGAAAAGCCUGCCGAUGUGAGAAUGAAGAAGGAAAUACCAGCAGAGGUAGUUGGACCCAACUCUUCAAUGAAUCCCAAAGCAGAUAAAAAGAAUAGUAAGUACAAAGAAGUUGCUCAUAAUUUAACACAGCAGGGUGUUGAAGGUGUGGUUGCUGGAGAACAAAUGUCGCUUGUGAAUGACGGGGUGCUUUCUCUUGAACCUGUCCUUCCAACUUGGACUCCACUUGAAAACGGCGAUAUUCCUUGUCCCCCGAAAAUGAGGGGUGGCUGUGGGUGUCAUACCUUAAGACUGAAGUCGCUUUUUGAUCAGAAUUGGGUUUCUCGGUUGAUUAAGGAAGUUGAAGAACAGCUCAAGGGUUAUGAGGGCUUAGCGAAAGAGGACAGUUCUUGCUCAAAGUGUAUGAACGGUACCAAGAGCGCUAGUUUACGAUUAGCCGCUCAUCGGCCAGAUGAUAAGGAUAACUAUCUUUACUGUCCUACGCUACUGGAGACUGAGACAGAUGGAUUGUCACAUUUUCAAAAGCACUGGAGACAGGGACAACCUGUUAUUGUGCGAAAUGUGAUGGAGAGUGCUACGGGCUUGAGUUGGGAGCCCCUAACAAUGUGGCGAGCUCUUAGGGAGCAAACCCGAGGCAAAUGCAAAGAUGACAGCAAAACCGUCCGCGCUGUUGAUUGUUCAAAUUGGAGUGAGAAAGAGUUGAAUUUUCAUAAGUUCUUCACGGGCUACGAAAAAGGGUGGUUUGAUAAGAAUGGGUGGCCUGUUAUGUACAAGUUAAAAGAUUGGCCACAAUCUGCACGUUUUGAGGAGCGGCUUCCACGCCAUGGAGGUGAAUUUCUUGCCUGCCUGCCUUAUCAAGAAUAUACGGAUCCCAAGGCUGGCAUUCUUAACCUUGGUUCAAAGCUUCCAGAGGAAGCAGUAAAACCAGACCUCGGCCCCAAAACGUAUAUUGCUUAUGGUAUACGUGAGGAGCUUGGACUAGGGGAUUCAGUGACCAAAUUGCACUGCGACAUGUCAGAUGCGGUGAAUGUGUUAACACACUCGAAAGAAAUCAAAAUCUCCAAAGGCCACAGAAAAGAGAUCCGUAAACUACGUGACCAUUACAAGAAAUUAGCAGUAGAGCAAGUGAAUGAAUUCCUUGCUAGAACAAACUCACAAGCGGCAGCAAACACAACUAACAUAGAUGAUGACAUGCCUUCGCAUCCAUUUAGUGGUCCAAAUUCUUAUAUUGAAACCAUGGUCGAUGCAAAUGGUGCCGAGAAAAUUGUGAGGACUGAUUUGGUAAUAGAGAGGAAGGGAGAUGCCACGGCCGCUACUGAUGUGAAUGAGGUUAAAACUUAUGGCGGAGCCUUAUGGGAUGUAUUUAGGAGAGAAGAUGUGCCCAAGUUACAGGAACACUUGAUUAAACAUGUGGCGGAAUUCCGGCAUUAUGGUGAUUUGCCAGUUGACGCUGUUGCGCAUCCCAUUCACGAUCAAUCCUUUUAUCUUGACGAAGAGCACAAGAAAAAACUGAAAGAAGAAUUUGGGGUCGAAGCAUGGACAUUUGAACAGCAUGAACAAGAGGCAGUGUUUAUUCCAGUUGGCUGUCCACAUCAAGUUCGCAAUUUGAAGUCCUGCAUUAAGGUAGCUAUGGACUUCGUUUCUCCUGAGAACGUUCAAGAGUGUGUGCGAUUGACAAAUGAAUUCCGACUGCUCCCUAUGGAUCAUCGAGCAAGAGAGGAUAAGCUGGAGGUGAAGAAGAUGAUAUUUUAUGCCGCUCGUGAAGCUGUUGUGCAUCUGCGGGACAAAUCACUACGAGAGAAAUUGGAAGAGAGAGUAUACAAACGAAGCCUAAUCAAGAGGACAAAGAAUCGAAGACAUUUCUAGUAUCCUGGAUUGCUUUUAAUUAGAAGGCAUUGCUGUACAGGCGAUCUUCUAUCAACAGUUGCAGAAUUAGUCGUUAAGCUAAUCCAUUAUUGGCCACCUGUUCUGGCUAGAGAGUUAAGUCUCUCGUCUUCGUUGUUGUUCAAGUCAUAAAUCACGCCACUGUUCUUUACUCUUGCAAGAGGAUUUAUACAUGGAAACUAGCCUCAGAUUUCAGGCUUAUUGUUUUUAUUGUUGAGGAUUA